UCAAGGAGAACCUUUAGGCAUCAAGCAGUAAAGGAAGACCUACUGAAAGCCUGCUGAAACUACACAGAGGUGGUAGAACUGUCACUAUGAGCACUGCAGGGAAAGUCAUCAAAUGCAAAGCAGCUGUUUGCCUGGAGGUUAAGAAACCAUUUAGCAUUGUUGAAAUAGAAGUGGCACCACCAAAGGCACAUGAAGUUCGCAUUAAGAUUUUGGCUACGGGAAUCUGUCGCUCAGAUGAUCACGUUGUCAGCGGCUCUCUCUAUUCGCCCCUUCCCUGUGUUCUUGGCCAUGAAGCGGUUGGAGUUGUGGAGAGUGUUGGGGAAGGAGUUACCAGCGUGAAACCAGGAGACAAAGUCAUCCCACUCUUUGUCCCCCAGUGUGGCGAAUGCAGCACUUGCUUAAAUCCCAAAGCCAACAUGUGCUCCCAAAAUGACCUUGGGGGUGCUAGUGGACUAAUGCCUGAUGGUACCAGUAGGUUCACUUACAAAGGGAAGCCGGUGCACCACUUUGCCAGCACCAGCACCUUCACAGAAUACACCGUGGUGCACGAGAACGCCGUUGCCAAAAUCGAUGCCGCAGCUCCUCCAGAAAAAGUGUGUCUGAUUGGCUGCGGAUUUUCUACUGGCUAUGGAGCGGCCCUCAACACUGCAAAGGUGGAGCCUGGUUCUACCUGUGCUGUUUUCGGUUUGGGAGGAGUCGGUCUCUCUGUAGUCAUGGGCUGCAAGGCUGCAGGAGCAUCCCGAAUCAUUGGGGUCGACAUUAACAAGGAUAAGUUUGCCAAAGCCAAGGAGCUGGGCGUCACAGACUGUGUCAACCCAAAGGAUUUCGAUAAACCCAUUCAGGAUGUAAUCGUUGAAAUGACCAAGGGUGGUGUCGAUUAUUCUUUUGAAGUGAUUGGACGCAUUGAUACCAUGACUGCUGCCUUGGCUUCAUGCCAGCUGAAUUAUGGAACCAGCGUGAUUGUGGGAGUGGCUCCCUCAGCAUCAGAGAUCACUUUUCACCCAAUGCUCCUCUUCACUGGCCGCACUUGGAAAGGAUCUGUGUUUGGAGGCUGGAAGAGCAAAGAGGCUGUUCCUAAACUGGUUUCAGAUGUCAUGACAAAAAAGAUCACUCUUGAUCCAUUAAUUACCCAAACUUUACCUUUUGAUAAAAUCAAUGAAGGUUUUGACAUGCUCAGAUCAGGAAAGAGUAUUCGCACUGUCCUGGUAUUUUAAAGUCCAUGCUGAGUGAGGAAAAAUACAAGAGAGAGACCUUUGGCAGCUGAACUGCCUUGAUCAAUAGAUUAUACUCUGUGUUAACAGGAAAUCUGUGGAAAUGACUGGAUUCUGCUGCAUCACCAGAUCUGAGAGCAAUGGCGCCUUAUCUCAUAGGUCUAUUCUAGGACAUUUACAUGUACUUGGUGUAUAAUGAAAGAUUUCUUGAAAUUCAAGGUGUAUCUCAUUAUUAAAAGUUUUGGUAUUGACACAAAAAUACUGUCCAGUGAAAGAGCAUAAAGGAAAAAAACCUCAUGAAUUCCAUAAUGGAAAAAAGGAUAAUCAAUAUAAUGUUGAAAUGGCUCUGGGGAAAUAAUUUGGCACCUUUUUGCAUUAUUAAUAAUAAAAAUAAUAUUCAGAUUUCUCAGUGAUACAAAAACUGUUUAAAGCUAAUAAAAAGCUAUA